AUGGCCACUGCUCAGUCCCCAGCUACUCCAAGAACGGCACAACUCAGACCAUCACUGUCUCCCCUUGUCAUUCCGUCCCCUCACAACAGGCUCAUAGCGGUGGUCCUGGGAGCCCAUGACACAAGACAGAAGGAAGACACGUGGCAGCAACUCAAGGUCAUAAGACAGUUUCCUCAUCCAAAGUAUGGCGACGUGAGUGUCCAGCACGACAUCAUGUUACUGAAGCUCAAGGAGAAAGCCAACCUGACCCUGGCAGUGGGGACUCUCCCCCUGGCACCCCAAUUCAAUGUCAUCCCACCUGGGAAGAUGUGCCGGGUGGCAGGCUGGGGAAGAACAAAUGUGCCCAGCCUGGGCUCCCACACUCUGCAAGAGGUGAAGCUGAGAGUCCUGGAACCCCAGGCCUGGGGACACUUCCCCAAGUUUGACCACAAUCUCCGGCUGUGCGUGGGCAAUUCCAGGAAGACAAAGUCUGCGUUUAAGGUGAUCCUCGGAAUAGGAUGCUUCUCCACAAAUCACUCUGCAGGGACUGGGCUCUCCUGA